AUGAGCAAGUUUUUGGCCGAGGCUGUUCCAGGCUAUCGCCCUCCUCACCGAAAUCAAAUUCAACGCGAACUCAAACGUCUUCACAGUGUGUACAUGUCACAGCUGAAACAGAAACUGAUCGAUGUACGUUCGAUGGCAUUGACUACCGACCUCUGGUCUGACCGAAAGAAUCGAUCGUACCUUUGCCUGACUGGUCAUUCUUUGGACAACGAUAUGACCAUGCAAUCGACAAUCAUACAUUUCCAAACCUUCGACGAUCGUCACCUUGCCGCCAAUAUUGGCGCUGAAGUGAAAAGUCGUCUUCGCGAGUUGGAUGUUGAGCAUAAAACAACAACCAUCACUAGUGAUGGUGGAUCAAACAUUCGAGCCGCCUGCGCAACGCAUCUGAAGAUCAGCCGUGUUUGGUGCGUGGCGCAUCGUUUUCAUUUGACCGUUUGUAACGGACUUGGUCUCUGGAAGAAGUUUCUGAAGAAAGAGACUGACAACAGUGAUCAGUAUGGCGUGAUCGAUUCACAAAUCUCCGUCGAUUCUUCUGAUUCUCAAGACCCAGAUGAAGAGAUUAUGGAAACUAGUGACGAGUCUGCAGGUGAAGAAGGUGAUGAAGACGAAGACGAAGACGAAGAUAGAGCGAAUAAUGAUUUAAUUCACGACAGGUGGAGUGAGGAAGUCAUUACAGCCGACGAUUCUCCGAUGGAUGUUGAUGACAACGACAGCGAACAGUUGGAAAUAACGAAGACACAGUUGGCCGAGACAAUACAAAAGUGUAGAUCAUUGAUCAAGUCGGUGAAUCGCUCGCAGAUAUUGACCUCCUUUUUGAACACUGAAAGGACUAACCUCGGUGUCUCUCGCCGAUUGAUGCAGGACUGCAUCACCCGAUGGAAUUCAACGUUCUCGUCUCUCCAGUCUCUACUUCUGAACAAACAAGUGAUAACCAAUCUGUUUGCUAACAAACGACGACUACCAAUCUCUGUGAAACUCGUUGAAAAACUGACAGUGUGCGAACUGUCAAGCGAUGAAUGGGUUAUUAUUAAUCAAAUCGUCUAUGUUCUCAAGCCCUUCUACGAAGCCACGCAACUACUGAGUGGAUC